UCUAAUCAAAGGUUAAUAAAGCUGUUAAAUUGAACAUGCAAUCAAAAUCAUUGGAAAAGUUCCACUCUCUCCCAAACAUCAGAGCUGGAUUAAGCGAAGGGGAUUUACGAAAAUUGUACAGUCUCUCUCUAUCACAGAUAAGGAAGCAUGCCGAAUUUGCGGAAUACAAUUAUAAGCCGGCAUCUUUCAACAUACGUUGGAUUUACGGCUACAACCCUAGAGCAGGUGUGAUCAAUCUAAAGGACCGCGACAAGUCCGAAAUCUUUUAUGCAGCUGGUAACUGCGGUGUGCUGUAUGACUGGGAGAGUGAUCAAAUGCGAAUUUUGCAAGGACAUAGACAUGUAGUACUGUUCUUAGCGACAGAUGCUCUGGGUAAAUGGUUAGUCACUGGUGACUCGGGACCUGAAAACAUUAUCAUAAUUUGGGACACCACUGAUUUAUUUCCGCAAAAGACGUUGUUUUCACCACACGGCAGCAGCAAAUUAGCAAAGAUCUCUCUCAGUGCUGAUGCUAAAUAUCUUAUGACCUUGGCAUAUACUGACAUAGCUGUUCUACACUGGUGGAUAUGGUCCUUUGGAUACGAUGUUCCUCAUGCGACACUGGAAGUGGAUAUUCCGCGUGAUGGUGUUCUUGACAUGAGUUUUAAUCCAAAUGAUAGUUUGCAAUUUCUUCUACUAACUAAACAGGAUAUUUGGAUUGGGACAGCCAAGAAAAUAUUUAUAACGGAAAGAGGAAUUGUGAAAGAGACAGACGAUUACGAGUUGAUGAUUCGUAUGCCGACCAGAAAAGCAACCCCAGAAGUUGGAAGGCUCACUUGUUUUACGUUUGCAAAGGCCCAGGUUGUCGCAGGAACGAGUCGGGGAGCUGUAGUGUUAUAUAGUGCGACUGUUGGGAACCAGGACAGUGUAAACAUGAAUUACGAAGAACUAAGAUUUAUAAAGAUUUUGAAAAUUGAACAAAUAAAGAUCAAUGUUAUUCAGAGCGUGGAUGGGAUCAUAGUAACGGGCAAUGAUAUAGGCGAGUUGCACUUCUAUGAUGAGCAGUUAAAGUUGCUGUACUGGAUCCACGGCUUUCAAGUGGACUCAGUCAGAGGCAUCAGUUUUGAUAUGUUUCGGCGAAGUUUUAAAAUCUUAGACCCUAAAUGUAAUAAGAAGUGCCCUUGCUAUGACGACGUGAAUCCGGGUGUGGACCCAGAAACUAAGGUGUACCGCCAGAAGCUUAUGAAAAAAGCAAUACCUUCUGAUGCAACAACUGAGAAUAAGCCUUUUUUGGUUCGCGAUUUCAUUCUAUGUACAUAUAAUGAAGGAGUAUCGUUCGUCAAUUUCACAACGGAGACUCUGCAUACAAUUCUUGAUAACAGGAUAAUGCACGCUUUGACCUUGUCAGUGCAUCCUGAAAAGUCAUUACUUUGUGUGGGCUACACAGAGGGCUUGAUCGAGCUCCAUAAUUAUCUUCAGCACAAACUGUUCGUUCGUCUUGAUCUUCGAGAGAAGUUCAAAGUAAUAAUUCCUCCAAAUGACGACUCUAUCAAGGGUGAUUUUGAAAUCAACUAUCCGGAACUGUCAGUUACGUGUCUGAAGUAUUCGCCCUCAGGUCUACACUUGGCAUGUGGACUUGACACGGGCGAGUUAUUAUUUUUGGACCCAAUUACUAUAGACCUCCUUACACCAAUUCCGUUCAAGGACACCGAACACUCCAUCAAGGAAAUCAACUACAGCUGCGACUCUAUUACCCUCGCAUUUUCAGACGCAGGUAGAACUGUUUGCGUCUAUAAGUACGACUGCAAUAAUUUCCAAUGGCAAUUCAUAGGAAAGCAUAGAGCUCAUUACAAAGAUAUCACAUCUGUCUUCUUUUUACCCCAAAAAAAUGCAAAUGGCGAAUACAAAUUGUUAUCCCUUGGUGCUGAUAGAAUGAUGGUGGAAUACGACAUCGGAAAUAGUUCAGAUGAAUACUUAGAGAUACUUAGCUUGGAUAGAAUUGACCAAAUGGCAAUUCCUUUGGCUGGCAUCCCAUGGCCAACACCUUCGGAGAUAGAUCCCGAACACUGUAGAACUGAUAUUCCCAUGAUACUGGUAGCGAAUAAUGAGCACAAGUACAAAAUAAUUAAUAAUGACACAACUAUGACGUUAUCGACCAUACUUGGACCACGAUUUGAACAUCCGGUGUGUAGAAUAGAACUAAUUACAAGAAAGAGUGAAGAAGGCGACCGCGAUGAGAAAUAUUUACUUUUUGCCACCAAAAACGUUAUCGGUCUACAAACGUUUCCAUUGGAUGGCAAUCCUUGGAAGCAUGCUGGACUUUUGGGACAUCCUUUACAGAUUAUUGGAAUGUGUUUUCGGGAAGAUUCCGGUACACUAUUUAAUAUUGGCAGAAAGGAUUCUUGUGUGUAUCAGUGGGCGGCAAAUUAUAGAGCUGUAGAAACAACGACUAAACAAGGUGGUGGAGACCUGGAUCCAUAUUACUGCUUAGUGGAAGACGGUAGACCUGGAUGGCUCUUUCACGAGAUUCGAGAUCUGUUCUACUAUAUCCAGAUCCUUUGUCAGGGCACUUUCUCACCAGAAAUCCGUAGGGUGAAGGAUUAUAUUCCGAUUGAUUCGCUUCCGGAUAUGAUGAGGGCUUUGGGAUACUUUCCCUCGGAGUACGAGGUAGAAAAUUUGAUAGUUGAAGCGAAGUUCAAAGUGUUCCAACGCGUCCCGUCAACCGAGAUUGAUUUUGAGGAGUUCUUCAAAUUGUAUAUAAACCAUAGGCCAGCCUUCCCGGACAGUAUCAAGAAAAUCAGAAAUGCCUUUAGACAUUUCGCAACACCGAAUCAGAAUGACGAAUUUGUGAUUAGCCGUGACGAUUUUGUGGAUCUGCUGAGUCAAAACGGUGAACAUUUUUCUCGAGAGUUGUCCUGGUACUUGUUAUCUAUACUUUAUGGUCAGUCAUUUGAGGACCGAGCCGCAAUGCCUGAACCGGAUUUCGAAUUUAUUCCCGAGGAGAUAACUUUGACGGAGUUGCUGACUAAUAUUAUUGGUGUUCAAGACAUGGAGACGUUUUCAGAUUACUCUACUAGGGAAUCUUUGGUUUCGCAAAUAGCCACUUCGUCGGAAUCUGAAGACGCCUAA